UCUUUAUUCAUUGGUUCCCUCUGUAACAUUUGACUUUGGAGGCUCACCCAAAAACCCUUUUCCUUUUGUCGUCUUGUGGUGUUUGUGUUCCUCUCUAAAUUCUAUUCCUGCGUUGUCUUCACGCCUUUGCUUUCCUUUUCUUUUGUAACAAACAGACUGAGAGAAAAUACAACAAUGGCGACUAUAGUGAAGUCUCCUAAGAAACAUGUUAAUCUUUUCUACUCACUUGAUUGUGAAGACCUUGCCAUCAAAGUUGCUUCUCACUCACACAAUAAUAUCACUCUCCAGAAUAUCAAAUGGAGGUCUUUUGCCGAUGGGUUUCCAAAUAUAUUUAUAAAUAACGCAGAAGAUCUCCGAGGUCAACAUGUUGCCUUUUUGGCAUCAUUCAGUUCCCCAGCUCAAGUCUUCGAACAACUUUCUGUCAUAUAUGCACUCCCUCGUCUAUUUGUUGCUUCCUUCACAUUGGUAUUGCCUUUCUUCCCAACUGGAUCGUUUGAGCGAAUGGAAGAAGAAGGAGAUGUAGCAACUGCUUUCACCCUUGCAAGGAUGUUGUCAAAUAUUCCAAUUUCGAGAGGUGGCCCAACUAGUUUAGUCAUAUAUGACAUUCAUGCAUUGCAGGAGAGGUUUUAUUUCGGAGAUGAGGUUUUGCCAUUGUUUGAGACUGGUAUUCCUCUCCUUAAGGAACGUCUGCAACAACUUCCUGAUGCUGAUAAUGUAGUUAUUGCAUUUCCAGAUGAUGGUGCAUGGAAGCGAUUCCACAAGCUGUUUGACAAUUAUUCAGUGGUUGUAUGUACAAAGGUACGUGAAGGCGACAAGAGGAUAGUUCGGCUCAAGGAAGGGCAUGUCUCUGGUCAUCAUGUUGUGAUUGUAGAUGAUUUGGUUCAAUCUGGAGGCACACUGAUUGAGUGUCAGAAAGUUUUGGCAGCCAAUGGUGCAGCAAAAGUGAGUGCCUAUGUCACACACGGCGUGUUCCCUAAUCAAUCAUGGUUGCGAUUCACUCAUAAAGUUGAAGCGUCGGAGAAAGCAUUUGCAUACUUCUGGAUCACAGAUUCUUGUCCAGUUACUGUCAAAGCUUUAGCAAAUCAAGCUCCUUUUGAAGUAUUGAGUCUAGCAGGGUCAAUUGCUAAUGCCCUUCAAAUUUGAAAGCAAAAAUUAACUGUGAAUAAAGGGAAUCUCUUCUAAUUAUUAUUUGUUCCGCUUUUAACAUUAUGGUCUUGCUAACAUGUGCCUAAAGAAUUUAAAAGUAGAAAUUUUUUCUCAGGAAAAACAAUAUUUAAUCUUUUUAAUAGUUGAAUGCAUAAUUUCAAAAACAAAAUUUCUACUCUUAAUUCUUUAACAUGUGUCUUUCCUUAAGGGCACAUGUUAGCAUUUGCCUAUAAGUUAUAACAUGUUUUCACUUUUAUUGUGCAAUGCUAUGAGCUGUGCACAGUGAAACCUGAGUAUAAUUUCUUCUGUUGUAGACUGAAUCUUGAAAUAUGUUGAGUGUCAACUCUGGUGCAAAACAUAUGAAUGCAAAAUCAUGCAAUCUUGCUUGGAAUUUGUAGUAA